GUUUUCAGCAUGGUUCGAGUCGAAAAAAUUAAGACAAAGAAGGGAAAGAGAGUUUUGGUCAAUCGGGCGUCGAAAACUGUCGAAAAUGACAAGAAAGCCCUAUUUUGCCGUGGAGCCAAGACAAACGAGAUAAUCAGCCACGCAAUGAUGGAUUUGUUCGACAUGAAGAAGCCGCUUACCACUAAAAUGGACAAGCACAAUCCGUACCAUUUGUUCGAGGACGAGACCCCAAUCGUCCGUGCUGGCUCGAAAUUCGAUACUUCAUUGUUUGUGCUGGGUUCAAAUUCGAAGAAGAAGCCGAAUUGCCUGACUUUUGGCAGAACUUACGAUGGACAGCUUCUCGAUAUGGCUGAGCUCAGAAUCACUUCCUACAAAUCCUCAUCCAACUUUGAGGCCGCCAAAAUGACACUCGGAUCAAAGCCAUGUGUCAUUCUCGAGGGAGCUGCUUUCGAAUCAGACGGUGAUAUGAAACGUAUCGGAAACCUGAUGGUCGACUGGUUCCGCGGACCAAAAGUCGACACAGUUCGUCUCGAAGGACUCGAAACAGUGAUUGUAUUCACGGCUCUCGACGAGACAAACUUGGCUCUUCGUGUCUAUCGUCCGAUGCUCAAAAAGUCGGCGACAGCUACUCCACGCGUCGAGCUCGCCGAAAUGGGACCAUCGAUCAGUUUUGAGGUGAUGCGUAAGAAGUUGGCCGACGAUGCUCUGUUCAAGUUGGCAUGCAAGAAGCCAAAGGCUCUGAUGAAGAAGAGAAGAAAGAAUUUGAGUGAGGAUGUGUUCGGAAAUCAGUUGGCUCGAGUUCAUGUUGGCAAGCAGAGAACAGAUGAUAUUCAGACGAGAAAGGUGAAAGCAUUGAGAAAGACUCCACUUGUUGAGGCGGCUCCGGAGAAUGCCAUCGAAUAAUUUUUUUUUUUUGGUUUUUUUUUUCCUCGUUCGUUGUUUUUUGUUGUGUUACCCAAUUGUUUUAUUAUUCUAAAGUAAAAGUUGUUAUCUG